AUGUCCUCGAGAGAGGAUGUAGAGGAUGUAGAGACUGCGGAGCGAGCAGAGGAGCAGCCAUUCCUGACCAGAGAAACGGAAGGAGACGGCGAGGCAAGCGAGGCAGGUGCAACUCCAUCCCCUUCCACAAGACUCAACAACCCACCCGCCUGGUCUGAAAAGAGCCGAGCCGGAAGGCCGCACGGAUUAUGCAAGUUGAGCCUCUUCAUCCUCCUAUUCCUUGUCACCAUCUUGGGAUUGUCUGGCUUAAUAUUGAGCUUCCCACCGAAGGGGACAAGGAAUUCUGAUAAUGACGCCCAUUCUCAUGGCGACCAAGAGAAGACUCACCAAGACGAUCCCAAUCAUGGUCACACUGGAGACGAGAAACCAAGCAUUGUUCACUAUCACGAAGACAUACCCGGCUUGCCACGACUGAGAGACACUUCUGAGUAUGUUCUUUCUCCGUCAUGGGACCGCAGUUCAGCGCCGGUAACCAGGGAAUAUCACUGGACCAUUGCAGAUGGCGAGUUGAAUCCUGAUGGAGUCUAUCGACCCAUGAUCCUCAUCAACAAUCAAUUUCCUGGCCCCUUGGUCGAGUGCAAUGAAGGAGAUACCAUCAUUGUUCAGGUGGAAAACAAGGCUGUCAAUGCCACGUCAAUCCAUUUCCACGGGCUGUUUCAGAAUGGCACCAACUUCAUGGACGGCACUGUUGGUGUCACUCAAUGUCCCAUUGCCCCAAACUCCAACUUCACGUAUGAAUUUGUGGUUCAAGGGCAAUCCGGCACGUAUUGGUAUCACGCACAUCACAGUGCUCAGGCUUCAGACGGUUUACUUGGUCCUGUGGUGAUUCAUUCCAAAGAUGAACUUACGCUCCAAGAAUUGGACUAUGCGACAGACCGCGUCAUCAUGGUCCAGGAUCAUUACCACAAUACCACUGCUGAGCUGUUAAUGGGCUAUCUCCGGCCAGACGGUGAAAAUGAUGAGCCGGUUCCGGACAACCCUCUAAUAAAUGGCCGUGGCGUGAGGAACUGUAACGACUUCAAGGGAUGGCGUUGCGACAGCAGCAAUACAUCUAAGCCGAUUUUCGACCUGACGGCAGGGCAACGACAUCGGCUUCGAUUUAUCAAUGUUGGAGCUUUUGCCGAGUUCCAAAUUCAAAUAGACGAGCACCCCUUUUACAUUACAGAGGUGGACGGAACAGAUGUUCAUCCAGAACCUUUCCACCGUCUCAAUAUCUUACCCGCCCAACGCUACAGUGUCAUCGUAGACACCAACAUCACCACGACAGAUACAUAUUGGCUGCGGGCCAGAAUGGUCACACACUGCUUCACGACCAAGAACAAUCGACUGCAGCCUGAAAUUAGAGGCAUAGUCCGUUACAUAUCACCUAACACGAAGCCCCUAACCUCCGAUCCACAAAGCAAAGAGUGGUCAGAAGCUAUCGAGGUACAGUGUCGCGACCUCAACACAUCAGCUUUGCAUCCCGUUCAGCAUAUGAAGCCUCCCCCGGCAGACGACUUUGUCACUCUCAGAUCCAAUUUCAUGAUUGGAGACUGGCGGCUUGCCCGCGGCUUCUUCAAUGAAUCAACAUGGCAUGCAAAUGCAACGCACCCAUCCCUCUAUCGAUUUCUCGAUGCCAAGCCCGAACUGAGCUCCCUCGAAACGCCAUUAGCCAUCAAUGACAAAGCAUUCGACAAAGAACAUGAUUUUGUCCUUCAAACCAAGGGUAUCCGCACCGUUGACAUCUCCAUCAAUAACUUCGACGAUGGCGCACAUCCUUUCCACCUCCACGGCCACAAAUUCUUCCUCGUCGCUCAAGGCCGAAGCGGGUAUCCUCCCACAGCAGCCACUCUGGACAAAUACCUACAAGAACACAGUGGCAUACUUGAUAAUCCCUUGCGCAGGGAUACCGUCACCGUGGAAGGCUAUUCCUGGGCCAUAGUGCGUGUCGUCCUCGAUAACCCGGGCCUAUGGACACUUCAUUGCCAUAAUACAUGGCACUCCGAAUCCGGCAUGGUGAUGCAGUUACUCGUCCACAGCGAAGUAGUAAGUGGAUGGAAAGUGGACCCGAAGCAUAGGUCCAUGUGUGGGCUUCCAGGCGUUAUGUCUGGCAUGAGACCAGAUGAUAGUAUUUGGUUUGGUAGUUUUUAA